AUGAGGAUGGUGGAGAUGGUGAUGUCCCUGCACCUCUGCAUCCCUUCCAGGGUUUGGCACGGUGCCUGCUUAGGCCCCCAGUGUCUCAUCAUUGGGGGAGGACCAUGUGGUUUGCGCACUGCCAUUGAACUUGCCUACCUGGGGGCCAAAGUGGUUGUGGUGGAGAAGAGGGACACCUUCUCCAGGAACAAUGUCCUGCACCUCUGGCCUUUCACCAUCCAUGACCUGCGGGGCCUGGGAGCCAAGAAGUUCUAUGGAAAGUUCUGCGCUGGCUCCAUCGACCACAUCAGCAUUCGUCAGUUGCAGCUCAUCCUAUUCAAGGUGGCCUUGAUGCUGGGAGUUGAAAUCCAUGUGAACGUGGAGUUUGUAAAGGUUCUAGAGCCUCCUGAAGAUCAAGAAAAUCAAAAGAUCGGAUGGCGGGCAGAAUUUCUCCCUGCGGACCACUCUCUGUCGGACUUUGAGUUUGACGUCAUCAUUGGCGCCGACGGCCGCAGGAACACGCUGGAAGGGUUCAGAAGGAAAGAAUUCCGUGGGAAGUUGGCUAUUGCCAUCACCGCCAACUUCAUAAACAGAAACAGCACAGCUGAGGCCAAGGUGGAAGAGAUCAGUGGUGUGGCUUUCAUCUUCAACCAGAAGUUUUUUCAGGACCUUAAAGAAGAAACAGGGAUUGAUCUUGAGAACAUUGUUUACUACAAGGACUGCACCCACUAUUUUGUCAUGACCGCCAAGAAGCAGAGCCUGCUUGACAAAGGUGUCAUCAUUAAUGACUACAUCGACACGGAGAUGCUGCUGUGUGCAGAGAACGUGAACCAGGACAACCUGCUCUCCUACGCCCGUGAGGCCGCAGAUUUCGCCACCAAUUACCAGCUGCCAUCGUUAGACUUUGCUCUGAACCACUACGGGCAGCCGGACGUGGCCAUGUUCGACUUUACCUCCAUGUACGCCUCCGAGAAUGCGGCCUUGGUGCGCGAGCGCCAGUCACACCAGCUCCUCGUGGCCCUGGUGGGCGACAGCUUGCUCGAGCCAUUUUGGCCCAUGGGCACAGGCUGUGCCCGAGGCUUCCUGGCAGCCUUUGACACAGCCUGGAUGGUGAAAAGCUGGGACCAGGGCACCCCUCCCCUGGAGCUGCUUGCUGAAAGAGAAAGUCUUUACCGGCUGUUACCUCAGACCACCCCGGAGAACAUCAACAAGAACUUUGAGCAGUACACGCUGGACCCAGGGACACGGUACCCAAAUCUCAACUCCAACUGUGUCAGGCCCCAUCAGGUGAAGCAUUUGUAUGUCACUAAGGAGCUGCACCCGUGCCCUCUCGAGAGGCUGGGCUCGGUGAGGAGAUCCAUGAGCCUCUCCAGGAGGGAGUUAGACAUCCGGCCCAGCAAGCUCUUAACCUGGUGCCAGCAGCAAACCGAGGGCUACCAGCAUGUCAAUGUCACCGACCUGACCACAUCCUGGCGCAGCGGCCUGGCCCUGUGCGCCAUCAUCCACCGCUUCCGGCCUGAGCUGAUCAACUUUGACUCUCUGAACGAAGAUGACGCUGUGGAGAACAACCAACUGGCAUUUGACGUGGCCGAGCGCGAGUUUGGCAUCCCCCCAGUGACCACGGGCAAGGAGAUGGCGUCAGCCCAGGAGCCUGACCAGCUCAGCAUGGUCAUGUACCUCUCCAAGUUCUAUGAGCUCUUCCGAGGCACCCCGCUGAGGCCUGUGGAUUCUUGGGGCAAAAACUAUGGAGAAAAUGCAGACCUCAGCUUGGCCAAAUCCUCCAUUUCUCAUAACUAUCUCAACCUCACAUUUCCAAGAAAGAGGACUCCACGGGUAAGUUUCGGCCAUGGAUGGGGCAAGGGGAAGGGAGAAUGUCACGUGCUCGGUCUGUUAAUGCUGAUAACUGACCCAGAUCGAGUGCCCACGGGAGACGUGAGUAAAGCGCUGUUUAGUGACCCAGUGCUGCUGGAAGUCCCCCGGCGCCGUGUAGCUGGGAUUGGUGACAUGAACUGGUUACAGGAAGGGCAUGGCACAGAACUGAGAGGUCAUGCCACUGAUUUUGGUAACAGUACCACAGUUAUUCUAGAUGCUAACAUUGGGUACAUCUGGGUGAAGGCAUCGUCUCAAUGGGCAUCACCUGCUGCUCCUGCCGCCCAUCCUCAAACCCUGGCGUCCUCCUUCAGAAAACUGGUCCGGUGUCCCGAGUCUCCGGGCCCCUUCCUGAUAUCUGGGUUCUGGGAUCCAGUAACCGAUGUGCUCGUUUGGCCUUUGCAGCCUUCAGCCUAUCCCAGCCGCAGCCUGCGCUGCAGUCCAGAGGGCAGCAGCGGGAGAGAAGGGGGAGGCCAGAACAAGGUCAAGUCCAUGGCAAGUCAGCUGCUGGCCAAGUUCGAGGAGAGCUCUCGGAACUCCUCGCUCCUGAGGCAGGAAUGCCGUGUCUCAGGGAUAGGUAAGCCUGUCCUGCGUACUUCCUCUGACCCACCUGUUAACUCUCGCUGCCCUAGGCUGGAGGAGCCCACACCCAACCCGUCACCUCCUCUGAAAAGGCAGUUCCCCUCGGUGGUUGUGACGGGGCACGUGCUCCGAGAGCUAAAGCAAGUGUCUGCUGGUGACGGGUGCCCGAGCAGGCCCUGGAGAGCCAGAGCCAAGUCUGACCUGCAGCUGGGCAGGCCCGAAGCCCCUGCUGGCCUGCCUCCCGCCUGCCAGGGAGCUCUGGCCCUUUCCGGGGUGCUGCGGCGGCUGCAGCAAGUGGAGGACAAGAUUCUGCAGCAGAAGAGGGCUGAGAACUUGGCCAACAGGGAAUUUCACAAAAAGAACAUUAAGGAGAAGGCGGCUCACCUUGCCUCCAUGUUUGGACACGGGGAUUUUCCGCAGAAUAAACUACUUUCUAAAGGCCUGUCUAUCGCUCACCCUCCGGCUUCUCCCUCCUGCCUUCCGUCUCCCGAUCCCGCUGCUGCUUCCUCUCCAUCGACUGCUGACUCUGUUUCUCCUGCCAGAAAGGCAAAGAAGUCACCUUCAGGUUUCCAUUUCCAUCCCAGCCACUUAAGAACAGUGCGGCCUCAGCUGACGGUAGGGAAAGUAUCCAGCGGAAUAGGGGCUGCAGCUGAAGUCCUGGUCAAUCUGUACAUGAAUGAUCACAGACCUAAGACCCAGGCCACCUCUCCAGACCUGGAAUCCAUGCGGAAGGUGCUCCCCCUGAGUCUGGGCGGCAGCGACACCUGUCACUUCUGCAAGAAGCGCGUGUACGUGAUGGAGCGGCUGAGUGCAGAGGGCCACUUCUUCCACCGAGAGUGUUUCCGCUGCAGCGUCUGCGCCACCACCCUGCGCCUGGCCGCCUACGCCUUCGACAGCGACGAAGGCAAGUUUUUCUGCAAGCCUCAUUUCAUUCACUGUAAGACCAACAGUCAGCAAAGGAAGAGACGAGCAGAGUUGAAGCAACAAAGAGAGGAGGAGGGACCGUGGAAAGAGCCGGAGGCCCCUCGGCGGGACGCUCCCGUGGAAAGUUCUUGCGCGGCUGCUGCUGUUGGUGCCCCCGAAGGCAGCCCUCCAGUUCAUUUCAGCCUUCCAGUGCUACACCCACUUCUUGGCUGACGCACUUCUGCUCGGAGGUGACUGGUUUUCUUGCCAAUUUUCAGAGAGAGGUACUAACGCCUAACGUGCUCUCCGUGCCCCAUCCUCCCCAGCGCGGUCCCGGUUGUGCUAACUGCGAGCAUCUUGCGUACUAACGGACUCAUUCCAUGGCAUGGGGGUUUAGCAACGUGGGAUGGUGUUCCGCUCGAAAGCCAUGUUUGACUCCACUUACCUCUGAGCCGGCCGCCAGGUCUACACCGGCUGCAUGCCCCGCCUCCCCGCGGCUCCCCGUGCGGCCUGCAUGCAUACCUUUCCCCUCGCGAAACCACUUCCCUUCCUGGGACGCUUCCCCCAGCUGUGAGAUGGCAGACUAGAGAGGGCUCUGUCACCUUGGAAAAGAACUUUGAUCUGGUAGCCGCUGAAAAAGUACAUGCAAACAAAGCGUUCUUAAAUUGAUUCUAGUAUAAAGAUUAUCGAUCAAAACCAUGGGUGACUCUUUCGGGAAGGGUUGAAAAAGAAACCAUGCUCCCAGCCUUCAUCAGAGGCUUGACCCAUGCUUUGUAUUUUGAACACACAAUCACAAGGUUCCUGGCAAAUCCUUUCUCUACCACAGCCUUUACUUUAGACACAAGGGCUUUGCUGUGGCUCUUCUUACUGUUCUUGGCUCAUAACGCCCCAGAUGAUGCAGAAGCUUCCACCGGAGCAAUCAUUGUCCCAGGCCGGCGGUGGCUGUGAGACAUGACUCUGCUCAGCCCGGGCCUGGUGUCCAUGCCCCCGUGGCUCUGCUCAGACGACAUGUGCCCACUGACUCAUUACUUGGAGCAGCAGGACGUUCAAAGUGCUUUUAGAGAGAGGGGCGUCGUGCCGAGUCCGGGGGAGCUGCUGGGCGCCGGGCCUCGGGGUCUCAGGCGGAAGGUGGCGUCUGUCCUGCAUGUGGCCCAGAGCCACGCUGACCUCUCGGCCUGUCUGCACAGCCCUGCAUGCUGCAUUGCUCACGGCACUGGUGCAGAGUCUAGCCAGUACGAAGUCAUCGCUCUUGUCUUGUCUUCUCUUGCAGCGUCUCCCUCCCUUUAUAGAAUGUCAACCAGAGAGGGCCCUCCUUCCUUCUCAGCCUUCUCUUGAGCUAGCCCCCCCCACCCCCGCCCAUCUCCUCGCAACGCAUGUCUGCGACCUCCAAUAGUCCUUUACAGUGCCACACGGGACCCUGUAUUUUGCACACAGCAAACGAUGUUUAGCUUUAUUUAUGGUAUUUGAUGCUGUAAAUGAAAAUAAAUAUGGUUCUUUAUAAAGCGCA